AUUGCGCCGCCGCCAUGUUUGUUGUUGUCAGUGACGCACAGCGGGAUUGACGGCUUUACUUUUUCGUAAAACAACCUUUGUCGUUUUCCUGUGGAUUCUGCCAUCUUUUUUAUUAUUUUUGUGUUCAUUGCUGUUGUGGUAAACAUGGCGCAGUAUAAAGGAGCGGCCAGUGAAGCGGGCAGAGCCAUGCAGCUAAUGAAAAAGCGAGAGAAAGAGCGAGAACAGCUUGAACAAAUGAAGCAGAAAAUCGCUGAGGACAACAUAGCCAAGUCCAACAUUGAUAAGAAAUUCUCAGCUCACUACGAUGCUGUUGAAGCAGAGCUUAAAUCCAGCACCGUGGGUCUGGUGACUCUGAAUGACAUGAAGGCCAUGCAGGAGGCGCUAGUGAAGGAGAGAGAGAAACAGCUGGCCAAGAAGGAGCAAUCCAAAGAACUGCAGCUCAAACUAGAGAAGCAGAAAGAGAGGAAGAGAAAAGAGGAGCAGAAGAGACAAAUUGCACUGUUAUCCUUUAAUGAUGGAGAAGAAGGGGAUGAAGAUGGUGAUGGCGAUGGUGAUGAUGAUGAGGAGGAGGAAGAGGAGGAGGACCAAGAAUAUGUUCCACCAAAGAAGAAACUGGGGAAAAACCCUGAUGUGGAUACAAGUUUCCUGCCUGAUCGUGACAGAGAGGAGGAGGAGAAUCGACGCAGAGAGGAGCUGAGGCAGGAGUGGAAGCAGAAGCAGGAGAAGAUCAAGAGUGAAGAAAUUGAGAUUACUUUUAGUUACUGGGAUGGAGCUGGUCACCGGAGAACAGUUAAGAUGAAGAAGGGUAACACCAUCCAGAACUUCCUGCAGAGGGCGCUGGAAGUCCUGAGGAAAGACUUCAGUGAGCUCAGGUCUGCAGGGGUGGAACAGUUGAUGUACAUCAAGGAGGAUUUGAUUAUACCACAUCAUCACAGUUUUUAUGACUUCAUUGUCACAAAAGCAAGGGGUAAAUCUGGGCCACUCUUUAGCUUUGAUGUCCAUGAUGAUAUUCGGCUUGUGAAUGACGCCACUGUGGAAAAAGAUGAGUCUCAUGCAGGUAAAGUGGUUCUGAGAAGCUGGUACGAGAAAAACAAGCACAUCUUUCCUGCCAGUCGCUGGGAGCCUUACGAUCCAGAGAAGAAAUGGGACAAAUACACGGUAAGGAGCAUUUCUGCCUAUAUAAUUCAUAUUUAAACUCCCCUGUUGGGUUUUGUCCUGAGAUUAUUCUCACUCUGGAUCUUAUCAGUGAAGAAGAAAGGCUUUUGUGUGUUUUUAAAAUGUUCCUUCUACGAUCCUGCUACAUGAAGUCACUCUGCUUUUAGCCUCAGGCCUCCGUUGAUUGUUUAGAAUGCAGUUAUCUUAAAUUGGAACGGGUUUUCACGACAACUUUGAAGGGCCUUAUACCUCAGCCUAGAACAUGAGCACAUAAACACUUUUAUUUCAUUGGCGUGUGUAGACACUCAAGUAACAAAGGGAACAUGUU